UAUACAGCACCAGAAUCCAGCUUUUCGCAGCUUUCCAGCAAAUAAUGGAUAUUCCCAAGACUCACGAAGAUCUUGAGGCCCAAAUACUUGAGAUACAAUCGAAGAAGAAAGAGAUCAAUGCGGAAGCGGCCAAAGAUAAGGGAGUGGGACUGCUCGAGAGUGGCUAUUACGAUAGCGAGCUGUACGACGAUGCCAACCAGAACAGCAAAUACGAGGGCUACGUAACGUCGAUCGCACCGAACGAUGACAUCGACGACGAGGAGGACGAUGGACUCCCGAUCGGGCGUAACACCCGGCACAUGGGCUACACGGCACCGGCCGCCCUGCUCAAUGAGGUCGUACAGUCGGAGAAGGAUUACGAUCCGUUCGCGGAACGCCGGAGGCCCACGGUGGCCGAGAAGGAGGAUGAGUACCGACAAAAACGUCGCCGACUGGUCAUAUCACCCGAAAGAGUGGAUCCGUUUGCAGAUGGUGGCAAAACACCGGACGUUGGCUCUCGAAUGUACACGGAAAUCCGUCGCGAACAGAUGCUUCAGGGAGAAGAAGCAGAGUUGCGAAAGAAAAUUCAGGAGCAAGCCAAAGACGGGUCACUUAAAAUAUCAUCCAACGGAACGGCGAACAACAAAGUGGAGCCGAAAAAGCGCGGCCGCUGGGACCAGUCGGUAGAGGAGCAAUUUGUGCCACCGAAAAAGUUGGCCGUACCGGCCACACCGACCUGGGAUGCGGAGAAAACACCCGCAGACCACCGUUGGGAUGAAACGCCGGGCCACAAGGGAAGCGAAACACCGGGCGCUACGCCGAACGUUCGAAUCUGGGACGCCACACCGGCCCAUGCCGGCGGAACGGCCACGACACCGGGACGUGAGACGCCGGCUGAAAAGUCCACUCGCCGCAAUCGUUGGGACGAAACACCGAAAACGGAACGCGAAACACCGGGCCACUCGUGGGCCGAGACACCGCGCGCGGACAGGGCCACAGCCGAUAGCAUGCUCGAAGGUACGACGCCAGCUUCGAAGCGCCGCUCACGUUGGGACGAAACACCCUCGAAUGCCACCCCGUCCGCUAUGACCCCUUCGCUGGCAAUGACACCGACACUGCACGGGGCGACCCCGAGUGGGAAUGCCACGCCGCUCCUGACACCGGGCGGUACAACACCGGUGGGAGUGAAAGCGAUGGCAAUGGCCACUCCGACACCGGGCCAUCUCGCUUCGAUGACGCCCGAACAGCUGCAGGCGUACCGGUGGGAGAAGGAGAUCGACGAACGCAAUCGGCCGUUUACCGAUGAAGAGUUGGACGUAAUGUUUCCUCCGGGCUACAAGGUGUUGCCCCCUCCGGCCGGUUACAUUCCCAUCCGCACCCCGGCACGCAAACUAACGGCCACUCCAACUCCGAUGGCUGGAACACCGGCCGGAUUCUUCAUGCAAGCUGAAGACAAAUCGUCCAAGUUUGUCGACAACCAACCGAAGGGCAAUCUGCCGUUCAUGAAGCCGGAGGAUGCGCAGUACUUUGACAAGCUGUUGGUCGAGGUGGACGAGGAGUCGCUCAGUCCGGAGGAGCAGAAGGAGCGCAAAAUCAUGAAACUGUUGCUGAAGAUCAAAAACGGAACGCCACCGAUGCGCAAAGCCGCCCUCCGGCAGAUCACGGAUAAGGCGCGCGAUCGCUGUCUCCUGGCGGUGACGGUGAUGCAUUUCGGUGGCGGUGGUCUUGGCAAUCAGUGA